AUGCCGACAUCGUUCCUUGACCUCCCUCGCGAACUGCGCGACCAAAUAUACGAUUCCUUAUGGAUCGCCACCCCCAAGAUCUCUCUCCUUGACCACCCGUCCAUGGGUCGCAUCGUCGCCUGCUACAAAUCGCUCCUUACCCCUGAGACUGCCCUACCAACAUGGCUCCUCACCAACAAGCAAGUCCUCGCAGAAGCAACAGCACAAAUGAUCCGGCACGGGACCUGGGUCGUACGACUGCGCAGCGAGUACGAUGAGCAGCGAGUCGGCGCAGUGCUCUCUCCGUUUCUGGCUCGGCGAUUGACGGUAACGCUCACCCACCCACUCGAAGGACCACGACCGCGGUGGCCACACGUCGUUUCCGAAGCCACACUUCGUCCAUCGAAAGAGAACGUCGCGUGUUUGGCUCGCGUCAUGUCCCAAAUCUCCUCCACGAACAACGCGCAGGAUGUCCGCUUAGUGCUCGAGCUCGUGCGGGAAGAGCCGGAUGCGCGGAUCGACCUCUCGCCAUUGGAGGUUGCGAGCUGUAUGAAGCCCGGUCUGAAGAAGCUGGAGGUGGUGGUUAUGAGGGAGCAGAUCUACCGGAUGUAUAGCGCGGAAUUUGUCGAGGCUGUUGGUGCCGAGGUCAAGAGGGUGGGCAACAACAUCAUGGGCAACGAUGAGGACCCGAGUGUGUGUGGAUUCUUCCAGAAUAGAGGGCUGAUGUAUACUUUUGAGCAUCCGGCAGAGAUGGAAUUGUGUCGGGUCGACUCAGGGCUUGGCGGGAUGGCAUACUAG